AUGCUGACCUUUUUGUUGAGACCUGUGAGCAUCCUGUACCUGUCUUCAGGGUUAUUGGUAACAGCUCAGUUUGGAGGAGACUUCUCACCCAGGAUGAAUCAAGUUUCCCUGACUCCCUCCCACAUAAUAAAUCGCAAUGUGGGUCUGAAAGUUGAAGGCUCAAGCUUCACACUUGAUGGCUUUCCUUUCCUGAUCAUAGCAGGUACUAUUCACUAUUUCCGGGUGCCCAGGGAGUACUGGAGGGACCGCUUGCUGAAGCUGAAGGCCUGUGGCUUCAACACUGUGACCACGCAUAUUCCCUGGAACCUUCACGAGCCAAGAAAAGGCUGGUUUUAUCUCACUGCAAACCUGGAUUUCACGACUUUUAUAGCCAUGGCUUCGGAGGUGGAGCUGUGGGUAAUUCUGUGUCCAGGCCCUUAUAUCGGUAGCGACUUAGACCUUGGAGGCUUACCCAGCUGGUUACUCCGGGAUCCAAAAAUGAAGCUGCGAACAACUUACAGAGGCUUCACUAAAGCAGUGAAUCACUAUUUUGAUAAGAUAAUUCCUAUGAUAGUACAACUCCAGUAUGGAAAGGGAGGCCCCAUCAUUGCUGUGCAGGUUGAGAAUGAAUAUGGUUCAUAUCGUCGGGAUAAUCGUUACAUGUCGUAUAUUAAAAAGGCUCUGAUCACAAGAGGAAUCAAGGUGCUGCUUAUGACCGCUGAUAAUGGAGAUGAACUAACAAGAGGCCACUUAAAACAGGUACUUUCCACUGUCCACAUGAAAAAUAUAAAGAAAGAAACUUAUGAUACACUCUUAUCAAUUCAGCCCAUCAGCUCUGUCAAGCCAAUUUGCAUGGAGGAGCUAUCUGUGAACCAGGGGAAUGGUCAGUCUUAUGGAUACAUACUUUAUGAGACUGUGAUCACCACUAGUGGCCUCCUUACCACAAAGAAUCAUGUUCAAGACCGAGGUCAGGUGUUUUUGGAUGAGAACUUUUUAGGCAUCUUCGAUCGUUCUACUGAUCAGCUGACUAUUCCCAAGAAAAUGGUCUACAACAAUAACCCAACACUGAGGAUCCUGGUGGAGAAUCAAGGCCGCCUUGCCUAUGGGCAGGACAUCAAUAAGGAGAGAAAAGGUAUAACUGGGGAUAUCUACCUGAACAAAUCUCCUUUAAGAAAUUUUAAAAUCCAUAGCCUGGAUAUGAAAACUAAAUUUAUACAAAGGGACCUUCCUAACAUCUGGAAACCAGCUGUAUUCAAACAUCGGGGCCCUGCCUUCUUCCUUGGUAUCCUGAGAAUAGGUAAUGACCCCAGAGACACCUUCAUAAAAAUGGAGGGAUGGACAAAAGGUGUAAUAUUCAUCAAUGGAAAGAAUCUGGGACGCUACUGGAAUAUAGGUCCCCAGGAGACUUUUUACCUUCCAGGACCCUGGCUUCGUCCUGGAUCAAAUGAGAUCAUUGUGUUUGAGGAGUUUAAACCUGGCCUGGAGAUCCAAUUCACAAACAUAUCUCGUCUAGGAUAUUGAAUCUUGAGUGUUGUGACACAAUAUAUGAAAUUGAUUGAGACGAAUCACUUCAACAGUGGGGCUGUGAGUAACCUACCCAUCCUGAUAACUCAGUUGCUGAAACUACCCUGGCUUCUCCACUUACCCAGUCCCUGCUUUGGGCCUACCAUCCUCUUCCUAAUUUGCCAGUACGCUCCUCUUUCGGCAUAGGUUAGCUAACCUUUUUCUGAUGCUCAUUACAAAAUAGACCUACAUAGUGCAUACC